AUGGGGAUUAUCAUUUUCUCGCCGACUGGUAAGCCAUUUUCAUUUUUCCAUCCUACUAUGGAAGCCGUAGUAAAUCGAUAUUAUCAUAGAGAACCGUCUAAUAGUUCAAGUGAAAUUUUUGAGACUUAUGUCCGAAAUAAAGUUAAGGCGCUCAAUGAAACACUCGACGAAAUAAGUGAGAAAGUUGAGUACGAAAACAAACGAGCCGAGCGCAUAAAAGAAAUUGAAGAAAAACGUACCGUCAAAGGUUGGUGGGAAGCGCCUGUCAAAGAGCUCAAUAAAGAACAAGUGCAACAACUGAAAUCUAUACUGGAAAAUUUCAUAAAUCAAGCAAAAAAUCGAAUGGAAGAAUUGAGGAUUAACGAAGCUGCUUCUUCUUCAUCAAUGCACCCUCAAGGAGUUCAUCCUGAUUUUUUUGCAAAUGCAGAUUUUCCAAAAACAGUUCAUCCUGGUUUUUUUCCGAAUGCAAAUGCAGAUCCAAAUGCAAGUGCAGGUGCACCAAUGCACCCUCAAGGAAAUUUUCCGAACACAGUUCAUCCUGAUUUUUUUUCAAAUGCAAGUGCAGGUGCAUCAUUGCACCCUCAAGAAAAUUUUCCCAACACAGUUCAUCCUGAUUUUUUUCCAAAUGCAAGUGCAGGUGCAUCACUGCACCCUCAAGGAAAUCUUUCUAACACAGUUCAUCCUGUUUUUUAUACAAAUGCAAAUGCAUAUCCAAAUGCAAGUGCAGCUGUAUCAAUGCACCCUCAAGAAAAUUUUCCUAACACAGUUCAUUCUGGUUUUUUACCAAAUGCAGAUCCAAAUGCAAUUGCAGAUCCAAAUUUAGAUUUUCCCAGCACCGUUUAUCCUGGUUUUUCCCCCAGUGCAAAUGCAGAUCCAAAUGCAAGUGCAGGUGCAUCAAGCAGUGGAGCCGGACACGUUGGUGCUUCUUAUUACAACCCCCAUUUUAGGGGUAGAAAAUAA